ACGUCUGUAAGACCCUCACCAGUGUCAGUUAUUCACAGUCACUCACAGAGAUGGAGAGGUCAAGACUUGCUCUCGUCAUGCUCAUGUGUGUUUUGUUGUUCAGUCAGAACAGAAUCUCUGGAGCAGAAGUGGAGAUGAAAGUCAGACCAGGAGACAACAUCACUCUCUACUGUGAUCGCUCUGUAACUCUUGGUUUCCGCUUUUUAUGGAUAAGAAACUGCUCUCAUGAAAGUCAACCCUCUCUCGAAAUAGAUUUUAUGAAAUGGAGCAAUGGGAUAUUUCAGCGUUACAACUUUAUCCACAACCACUCCAGUAAUUCUUAUGAUCUACAUAUUACUAACAUCAGUGUCUCUGAUCUGGGACUGUAUUACUGUGGAGAAGUAGAGAAUAAGGUAAAUAAAGAUGACAAUGGCAUCAUCUCCUUAUCUAAAGUAUACUAUUAUGGAAACCGAACAACUCGUCUCUCUCUUGCAGAGGAAGUAACUUCAUGUUCUGGACUGAACAUCACCUCUGUAUCAGAGUGUGUUCUCUGCUGGACGCUGCUGUUCAGUGUGUGUCCGGUGUGUGUUCUCCUCUCCUCUCUCCUGUCCUCCAUCUGUGUGUACUGCCUCUGUCAGAGAAAAACUACAGAUUCUGAGCAGAGUGCAGAGAUACUUACCGCAAAUGUUAUUAAGGGGGAUCCUACAGAGAAACAUCAGUGUGAGACGAGAAAAACUGGAAAGAUCUGCCUCCACACUGAAGUCUCUUAUAGACUGCUGACAUCUGAACAUCCCUAUGCCAAGAUGUGAUUCUACUGCUCAGUUUAAACAACUUUCUGAAAACUUGCUGCUUUCUAUUGCUCUCUUUUUGUACUCAGCAACGUCAGCUAUAUGAUACUGAACACUUUCUCCACACUUAGUACACAUGCACAAACAUGCAACAAACUUGC